AUGUACUUGCUUGACUCAUGCUCCGCCCUCGGCUUUUCUCCAGCCUCAUACGACCUCGUGCGUCCUCAGCCACGACUUAAUUUGUCCCGCCUUCCGCCUGACACCCAACUGAAUGUCAUCGGCUUAGCGCCUCGUGAGCUCCUUGUUCUUCAAGAAUCUGAAGCAGAUCAGGAUCAGGAUUCCGCAACCAACCAUAAAGAGACUAUGGCCUAA